GGCUGUCGACCGACUGUACCCGUGACCACGUUGAGAGACGAGAAAUAAAGGUGACCUCGGUUUACGGUUGACAAGUGGGAGUGCUGUGGUUGAACGUUGGUGCAAGCCGAAGAUGUCUGAUGCAAUUAAAGUAUUGGUGACCGGGGCAGCCGGGCAGAUCGCCUAUUCUCUCCUGUACAGCAUCGCCAAAGGAGAUGUCUUCGGCAAGGACCAGCCCAUCAUCCUUGUCCUGCUGGACAUUCCACCCAUGAUGCCAGUCUUGGAAGGAGUUGUCAUGGAGUUGCAGGACUGUGCCCUCCCAAUUCUCAAAGAGGUCAUUCCCACGGACAAGGAGGAGGUGGCGUUCAAGGACCUUGACGUGGCCAUCCUGGUGGGCUCAAUGCCCAGACGCGAGGGCAUGGAGCGCAAGGACCUACUCAAGGCCAACGUGGCCAUCUUCAAGUCCCAGGGCAGCGCUCUCGACAAGUAUGCCAAGAAGACUGUCAAGGUUCUUGUUGUCGGCAACCCGGCUAACACCAACUGCCUGAUUGCUGCCAAGUCUGCCCCUUCCAUCCCCAAAGAGAACUUCUCCUGUCUGACCCGUCUGGACCAUAACAGGGCUCGCUCCCAGGUGGCGAUGCGCUGUGGCGUUCCAGCAGACAGCGUGAAGAACAUGAUCAUCUGGGGCAACCACUCGUCCACCCAGUACCCCGAUGUCCACCACUGCAAGGUCAACAUCAAGGGCAAAGACGAGCCGGCCUUCGACGUGGUGAAGGACGAUGCCUGGCUCAAGGGAGACUUCAUUUCAACAGUGCAGCAGCGUGGAGCUGCAGUCAUCAAGGCUAGGAAGCUGUCCAGCGCCAUGUCUGCAGCCAAGGCCAUCUGCGACCACAUGAGGGACAUCUGGGCAGGCACUCCUUCCGACGGUGAGUUUAUCUCUAUGGGCGUUUACUCCACUGGGAACUCCUACAAUGUCCCUGACGACCUUAUCUACUCAUUCCCUGUUACAAUCAAGGACAAGACCUGGAAGAUCACUGACGGGCUGGCCAUCAACGAGUUCUCUCGCGGCAAGUUGGACGCCACCGCGGCCGAGCUGGUGGAGGAGAGGGACAUGGCCGUGGCCUUCCUGUCCGCUUGACUGGAGCCCCGGCAGCCCACGCCACAGCACUUAGGAAGCCCCACACCUCCAGACUCCCGGCUGUGAUGAGGAUGAGGAUGAUGAGGAUGAAGGAGCAACACUCCUUGCGGUUUUUAGUGUGCGAGUGUGUACUGUAUAAACGUGAUGUGCGUUGUGCGUGGGUGGGUUGCUUGUUUUAACGUUUACUGUAUGUGUGGAUGGGUGGUGUGAGUGAGUGAGUGAGUGAGUGAGCGAGCGAGCGAGCGAGCGAGCGAGCAUGGAAGGGAGAUUGAAAGUAUAUUUGUGUCAUUUGGACCUUUAUAUACCCUGGCAUUACAUCUGUUACUUACAAAUGGGGUCGGGUCCAUGUUGAAACCCUUGGAGUAAUGUUACCAUAGUAUGCACUAGAUCUUCAAUCACUGUAACGGUUCAUUGUUGAGUCUCUCAAUCAAUAAAUAAAAAAGUCCAACAUCUGC